CUACUCCUCCACGAAUGUUCGUCAGGAUCUCUAUAGCUACGAUAGCCCUCAUCUCGCUUGCUGAAGGCAUCGUGGUCGGCCGUUCAACUGGUGAUGAGAAGCCACUUUUCGGUAGCAUCGACAACCUAGAGAUAACACCGGAGCUCAUCAACCUACUGAAGGAGCUGGAGGCCGAGUUCAUCAAGCAAGAUGAGGAGCGUAUUGCCUCAUACCCUGAAGGUCCUCAGCUAGCAGCAGUUUCGGCUGAUGGUAGCUUCUCAUAUCCGCCGGGUUGUACACCGGAUGAGCGCCCGGAAAGCAGGUACUACUGCUUCCACGGCAAACGCAAUACAACUGGUGGAGUGAAGCAAGUGACAGCCAUUGUUGAUCUCUUCGAUAUCAAUGACCCACAGGACAAUGUCGUUAUUGGUCUCACAGCCGAGUUCGCGGACAAGACUGCGAAGAGGCUGGACACCCACGCCGGCGGUGAGGCAGAGGUGGUAGCUUUUGGUAACAAAAAAAGACUUGGCGCGGCCCUAUCCUUGGAGACUUAUGAUGUGGAAUCCCCCAAACCUGGACUACUCGGUCGCGUGCAGAAGAACAUAGUCGCUAAUCCUCACUUCAAAAUCUAUGUUUUCAGCUACCUAGCUUUGGACAUUGAGCAUGUUCCCAGUGAUACUAGCUAUAUGUACGCUACAAAUGCUGGGAAUAUGGGCUUCAACGUGACAACAUCGAUCACCAAGAAGGUUACACUUGGUACUGUUGGUGCUUCCCUCUCUUUGACCUUGGAUACUCUUAAGGCCAAUGACAGCGUAUGGGACCUUAAGGGUACAGCAAAAGCCUCCGCCACUAAUGCAUUGAUCAAGUUACACUUACCGGUGACCUUCCUCAGAGAGAGAAUCAUCCUGCCACAGUGAACUCCCCUCAGCUUCUUUUAGAGGGGUUUUGUGGAUGAUUCGUCUUGGUCCGCCAUAGGUGCUUGAGAUUCCAUAUUCAGCACAUUCUGGGCGAGCAGACUUUCCUUGGUGCGUUGUCUCAAUAUCCGGACACUCAACCACUCAAAACUUGUUAUUUCUAUGUUAUGAUUUUUCAGUCUUCGAGUCACCAUGAGUCUCUUCACCACCUCAAAAUUAUUUCGAGACACGGCGUAUUACUUUCUUAUGUCAUGGAAUCGCUCCAAAUGGAGGUUGAUCACCAAGGCUUAUGCUACGAGCCGGGAGUUGCUCGCAGCUAUAUUGUUGACUCGUUGAAUCAAAAACCUCGAACAUCUUGACCCUGGAGCUGUUAGACUACCA